GACGUGUCUGCACUGUCGAUGAGAAAAUUGGCCGAAAACGAAUCAAGCGGUGCUAGUGCGGGCUAUUUAAUCACUUAUUAUUUCUUUUCCUAGCCCUUAAAAGUCGUUUAAGUACACAGGAACCAAAAUAGUAAAAUGUUCAAACUAGGUUUGCCAAUAUUUUGUGUGCUGGCAUUUGCUUGUGCACCGACGUGGAGUGCGCGCACAGUUCACAGCCACCUGGGUCCGAAAGACCUCACCCGCCUACAGAAAGUUUUCGCCGAUGGGCUGAGUUCCACAGACCUGCAAGCAAUUUACUUUGCCAGCCUCAAUCUUGAAACGACCGAUGCUGCACUUAAGGAUGCGCUAUGCAAAAAAAUCGUCACCCUGCAUGCAGAGUCGAAACUGAACAGUUUUGAGAAAGACUUCUAUUUGAUUGGUGCCAACACGAAUUUGCGCUGUACGUCCAAAAUAGAUGAGGGCAUACUGGCCAAGGUUUAUAAAGCAUUUGAUUCGGAAUUGGGCAGCACCCAGGAGAUAUUCUAUCGCGUCUACACACAUAAGGUAGUUGGUGUGCAGAUUAAUGAUGCGGCCAAGGCGAAAAUUGCAAAGCGUCUACAGGAAUUGUUGAAGAAGGAUGAUACUCUUGCUGGACUGGGAUAUGCGUUUAAUGUGGCCGUGGAAUUGGGCGAAAGUGGUGCUUUUGUGGCUAACCGCGUCGAAGACGCUAUUGUGCAGGCAGAUGAAGUUGAUGGCAAGCUACUACAAUUCGAGGGCGGCCUAAGCAUCACAGCUUUGAUUAUCAACGGCGCAUUUGGCGUGACCAAGGCUUAUAACAAACCAGCACCAAUUACUGCUGAGCAGGCUGUGAAAUUCGCCAAUUAUUUCCUAAGCCGUCGUUCGGUUCAGACCGCCAAAGGAGCACAUGUGUUAAUUGAAGCACUAAAGACGAUUAGUGGCUCUGGAAAGGUUACACCCAUCUGUGUACAACUAAUUGGCAAUGCGCAACUUGAAGCGCAGUCGCCUACAUUGAAUGUAGCAGUAGUCGAUUUGCUUGGGAAGGCUCUGUCGCCAGCUGUACAAAACAUCGAAGCAAAGAUUCUCCUCAAAAAGGAUAACUCUGUCUUGGCGGAUAAGGUAAAACUCACCUCUAAAUCGUCGGACAGAACGACGUUCGUUGCUGAUCUGGGGAGCUAUAAACCAGUUCGUGGCAUUUAUCAAGCCGAAUUGAAUGUGGAUGGCUUGUACAAGCAGCAAUUGCAAUUUAAAGUUCUCGGCCGAGUCAAAGUGCAGAGUUUGGAGAUAGGCGUUGCCGAAUCAGAUGCCAGUGCAUCCACACGCAAGCAAAGCGUCACCUAUCCCAAUAAGUUGAAGGAUUCACUGUCAGCAGACAGCACGCAGAAGUUGCUACUGAAGACAUUGCUGGUGGACGAGAGCAAUAACAAACCCAUCGCUGUACAACAAGCGUUCGUACGUUUGUACAACAAGGCCACAGGCAAGGAGGUCAUUUUUAUAGCAGAGCAAGACAGCAGCAAGGCCUAUAAAUUCGACAUGGAUGUGGGUAACAAUGGAAAGAACUUCAACUACAAUAGUGGAACCUACAACCUCUAUUUGACCGUUGGUGAUGCUUCGCUCUCCAACUCCUUCGAGUGGCUUGUAGCUGAUGUGCAACUGAAAUUUAAUCAGGACGGAAAAGAUACCAAGUCGAAGACUGUCAGAGGCCCUUUACCUGAGAUCGUGCAUCAAUUUAGGGUUCCCGAAAAGCGUCCUCCUCGCCUUGUGUCCGACAUAUUCACUGGCCUGUGUAUAACACCGCUUGUGCUGCUAUUUGUUUUCUGGGGAAAACUGGGGAUCAAUGUGUCAAACUUCUCAGUGGCGCUCAGCACAGUCGGUUUUCAUGUGGGUUUCGGCGGCAUCCUGGCGUUGUUCUUUGUUUUCUGGCUGCAGCUAAACAUGUUCCAAACUCUGCGCCUGCUUGUACCAAUCGCAGUAUUCACAUUCCUCACAGGCAACCGCUUGCUGCGACGUAUCCAUGCACAACGCACCGCCAAGAAUGCAUCAUAAAUGCCAUCACAUGAUUCGUCGUCUAUCAUUCGAAAUAAGUUGGAAGUGCAUUUUGUAUGUAUGUUGCAUUAUCCGCAACCGACUGCAGAUCUAAAUAAAUGAGUUAUCUCUAUGUAUUUACUAGUAGAUCAACA